AUGCCUCCUCACCGCAGUAAACACCAAAAGCACAGUCGUAGAGCCUACGUCGUUCGGGACCGAUACCACCCGUAUCCUCGUCCGGAUUAUACGAACAGCAUCAUGCGGGAAACGGCCAGCGAACAGUACAAUGAACUCGAGCCCCCGCUUCGUGAACGCAAUGUCGAGCCGGAGCACGAGGUAGUUGUCGGCGAAAGGCGAUGGGUGGGGAUUGUCCUCAAACUUGUUGUUGCUUUGAUGAUCGUCCUCGCCUGUUGGGCCGUCAAAAUGGCGCUGUCCACGGAAUCGUCCAGCGACGGAGACGAUCCUAUUGCCGGCGAAGAGGCCUGA